GGCAGUUUUAAAAAAGAGCCGAGACGGUGGAAAAGGGAACAAGAAAGACUCAGCAGGUGACUCGUGCCCGGAGAACGCCGUGCAGGUUGUGGCAACAUCUGGCCACGAUGUGGAUUUUGGCAGUGGCCAUCAGCCAGGCUCGGAGGACUCGUACAGGAUGAACUUGGCUAAAGGAGUCUCAAUGUCGCUGCCGUCUUCGCCUCUGCUGCCACGCCAGUCCUAUUCCAUGCAGUCAAGAACAAACAAAAAGUCUCCAGGUCCCACCAGGAAGCCCAAGUACGUGGAAAGUCCCAGAGUGCCAGGAGAGGCAGCUCUGCCCCUGAGGAAAGGAUGCGAGCAGGGAGAGCCCGGUCCCAAUGCAAAGCCUGAUAAGGACUCAAGUUGUUCUCCUGCAGCACAAGAACUGAUGACAAGAUUGGGAUUUUUGCUGGGAGAAGGGAUCUCAACUUCUGCUCAUAUAGAAGAGAAAAAUGAAGUCAUGUGCGCAGUGGCCAGCCAAGGCGUGAGCCCCUGUUCCACCCUGACCAGCAGCACCACGUCCCCCAGCACCGACAGCCCCUGCUCCACCCUCAACAGCUCCGCUGGAAAAGCAGCACCCAACAAAGGCAGUCCCUGUGGGACCAUCAGCAGCCCCAGCUCCACCCUGGAGAGCAAGGACAGUGGCAUUAUAGCAACUAUAACGAGUUCAUCAGAAAAUGAUGAUCGCAGUGGGUCCAGUUUGGAAUGGAGCAAGGAUGGGAGUGUCAGAGCUGGAAAACACCAAGGGAUUAGUCAUGAUCGAAGAACAGAUAAUUGUUCACCGGUUGCAGAAGAGGAAGCUGUUGGAACUGCUGAGAAUUUGCCAAAAGAAGUGCCAGCAGGAGAGGGUCCUGUUCCUUACACUCAAAGUUCUGGCUCUUUAAUAAUGCCUCGUCCAAACUCUGUUGCAGCAACAAGUUCAACCAAAUUGGAAGAUCUGAGUUACUUGGAUGGACAGCGAAACGCUCCGUUACGCACUUCAAUUCGCUUGCCGUGGCACAACACCGCCGGCGGGAGGGUGCCGCAGGAGAGCAAAGGCCGCUUCGUCCCCUACAAGCCUCAAGACAUUCUGCUGAAGCCGCUGCUGUUCGAGGUGCCCAGUAUAACCACAGACUCGGUGUUUGUUGGGCGAGAAUGGCUGUUUCAGGCCAUUGAGGAAAAACUGCAGAAUCCUGACCCAGCUGAGAACAGGGGAGCAGUCCUCACGGGGAACGUGGGGUUUGGGAAGACUGCGAUCAUUUCCCGGCUGGUGGCACUUAGCUGCCAUGGAAGCCGCAUGAGGCAAAUAGCUUCAAAUAGCCCUAAUUCAUCCCCCAAAGGUGGUGACUCCUGUCUGGAGAUUCCCUUAAGCCAGUUGCCCCCAUCUGCUCCUCUGACAAGUGGUACCAGUACAAUGAAGACCAACACACUGACUUGUCCUGGUAGUCCUGAAUACCCAAAUCAAGCAGGGGAUUCUGUGAAGCGCCUUGCUUCAAAGGUCGUUGCUUAUCAUUACUGUCAAGCUGACAACACAUACACGUGUCUUGUCCCAGAAUUUGUGCACAGUAUUGCAGCUUUACUUUGUCGUUCAAAUCAAUUAACAGCAUACAGAGAUCUUCUGAUUAAAGAGCCUCACCUGCAGAGCAUGCUUAGCCUGCGGUCAUGUGUCCAGGAUCCAGCAGCAGCUUUUAAAAGGGGAGUGUUGGAACCACUUUUGAGCCUCAGGAAAGAGCGGAAAAUUCCUGAGGAAGAUUACAUCAUUUUGAUUGAUGGUUUAAAUGAUGCUGAAUUUCAUAAACCUGAUUAUGGGGACACACUUUCUGUGUUUCUCACAAACGUAAUCUGUAAGUUUCCUACCUGGCUGAAGCUCAUUGUGACUGUAAGAACUAACUUUCAGGAAGUAGUAAGUUCACUGCCCUUUAUCGCAAUAUCCCUGGACAAUUUUCCAGACAACAAAGAAAUUCAUGAUGACUUGAACGCUUAUAUUCAGUACAGAAUUAAUAACAGCCAGGAAAUCAUAAACAACAUAUCUUUAAAUGGAAAAGCCGAUGCAGCUAUUAUUGGGAAAGUGAGUAACCACCUGAUCAUGAGGAGCCUGGGAUCUUACCUCUAUUUGAAACUCACUCUGGAUCUUUUCCAAAAAGGUCACUUAGUAAUCAAAAGCGCAAGCUACAAGGUUGUCCCAGUGUCUCUGUCAGAACUGUACUUGCUUCAGUGCAAUAUGAAGUUCAUGACAAACUCGGCCUUUGAGCGAGCCCUGCCCAUACUGAACGUGGCGCUGGCGUCCCUGCACCCCAUGACGGACGAGCAGAUCUUCCAGGCUAUUAACGCGGGCCAGAUACGUGGUGAGCUGCAGUGGGAGGACUUCAGCCAAAGGAUGGAGGCCCUCUCGUGUUUCCUGAUCAAAAGGCGCGACAAAACACGUAUGUUCUGCCACCCUUCCUUCAGGGAGUGGCUGGUGUGGAGAGCAGAGGGUGAAAACACGGACUUCUUGUGUGAGCCAAGGAGUGGACAUGCUCUGCUGGCUUUCAUGUUUUCUCGGCAAGAGGGAAAGUUAAACCGCCAACAAACUAUGGAACUUGGUCAUCAUAUACUUAAAGCUCACAUUUUUAAGGGUCUCAGUAAAAGGACUGGAAUUUCUUCCAGUCACCUCCAAGCCUUGUGGAUUGGCUACAGUACGGAUGGACUGUCUGCAGCCCUGGCCUCUCUGAGAAACAUCUAUACACCCAAUGUGAAGGUGAGUCGUCUGCUGAUCUUGGCAGGAGCAAAUGUGAAUUACAGGACUGAAGUACUAAAUAAUGCUCCAGUGCUGUGUGUUCAGUCGCACCUUGGACACGAGGAAGUGGUCACUCUUUUGCUAGAAUUUGGAGCUGCUAUUGAUGGACCUUCAGAGAGCGGGAUGACAGCGCUCAGUUACGCGGCCGCUGCAGGCCACAUGAACAUAGUUUCACUGCUGUGCAAAAGAGGUGCAAAGGCUGACUAUGCAGACAAGAAAGGCCAGUGUCCUUUGGUCCAUAGUGCGCUGAGAGGGCAUUGCCAUAUCCUUGAAUACCUGCUCAAUGUUGCUUGGGUAACCCCUUCCCAAGAGCAAGAUUCACUGAGAAAAAGCCAGGCGCUGCAGCAAGCUCUGACAGCAGCUUCCAGCAUGGGACACUGUCAGGUGGUGUGUUACAUCCUGACCAUUGGCAAGGACCACGGCAUAGAUAUCAAUGACAAUGAUGCCUUGUGGGGAGAAACAGCCCUGACAGCUGCUGCGGGACGAGGAAAGCUGGAAGUCUGCGAGUUACUUCUUGACGGUGGAGCGUCAGUGACCAGAGUGAACAGGAGGGGGGUUCCCCCGCUGCUCUGUGCUGUCCGGCAGGGACACUGGCAGAUUGCUAAACUUCUAGUGGCACAUGGGUCUGAUGUGAAUCUGAGCGACAAGCAAGGCCGGACUCCACUUAUGGUGGCUUCUUGUGAAGGACAUCUCAGUACUGUGGAAUUUCUGCUUGCUGAAGGUGCAACUAUUUCAUCUCUGGACAAAGAAGGACUGACAGCUCUGAGCUGGGCAUGUCUAAAAGGCCACAGGGAAGUGGUUCAGUAUUUGGUUGAGAAAGGCGCAACAACUGAUCAGACAGACAAAAAUGGACGGACACCCCUAGACCUGGCAGCUUUUUAUGGAGAUGCUGAUAUUGUGCAGUAUUUGGUAGAGAAAGGAGCAAUGAUCGAGCACGUCGACCACAGCGGGAUGCGGCCGCUGGACAGGGCGAUCGGGUGCCGCAACACGGCCGUGGUGGUGAUGCUGCUGAGGAAGGGAGCCAAGCUGGGAAAUGCAGCAUGGGCAAUGGCCACUUCAAAACCCGAUAUUCUCCUUAUUCUGCUGCAGAAACUGAUGGAAGAAGGAAAUAUACUGUACAAAAAAGGUAAGAUGAAGGAGGCAGCCCAGCGCUAUCAGUAUGCCCUGAGGAAGUUUCCAAGGGAAGGAUUUGGAGAAGAAAUGAAAGCGUUCAAUGAGCUGAGAGUUUCACUGUACCUAAAUUUAUCACGAUGUCGCCGAAAAACAAAUGACUUUGGUAUGGCUGAGGAGUUUGCUACCAAAGCAUUGGAUCUGAAACCCAAGUCUUACGAAGCCUAUUAUGCCAGAGCGAGAGCCAAGAGGAACAGCAGAAAGCUACUUGCUGCUCUUGCUGACUUACGUGAAGCCACACAACUGUGUCCUGGCAAUCAAGAGAUAAAGCGUCUCCUGGCUCGAGUAGAAGAGGAAUGCAAACAGCUCCAGAGGACACAGCAGCAGAAGCGUCAGUCCCCACAGCUACUACAGCAAAUUAACAACUCUGAUAAUGAGGAGGAGGGCGUCAGCGUGAAUGAUAAUUUUAAUUCUCAAGACAGGGAAGAUGAACUACCACACCCUGAUGAACCUGCUUCCUCUCCCCAAAGGCUGCAACGGUCCUCAGCGACUUCAUCCCACAGCAGGACCCUUCAGGACGUUCCGCAGAAAGCCAGACCGGCCUCCCCUCAAAGCAGGGCAGGCAAUAGAUACCUGAGAGAGCCAGGCUUGGUCCUGCAGCCAACAAAGCAGGCACAGAUUGUAAAAACUAACCAGCACCUGAGCUCCAGCCAGCCUGGAUCAAAAAUGGGAAGCGGACAAUGUAAUACAAAGGCACAAUCAUCUCUUCAGCAUCUUCCCCAGAGCCCCUUGCCAGUCCGGCGCUCCAAAAUUCAGCAUUUGGAUGGGACAAGCACAUUAUCACCCGGAGGCGUUUCCACAGAGCCUGGUUCUGACCUGUACAAUGAGAAGUUUAUGUCCAGCCAGUGUCCCCAGCCCCAGCAGCACGAGAACCUCUCCUCCCAUUCUUUCCCAAGUAAGUCCAAAGCCGCGGACAGGUUGGCAGCCCCCGCUCAGAUGAGCCUGGGUGAGGCAAGAAGGCAGCAAAGUCCCGUCGGCGGCGUCUCCGCCAGUUCUCCCUCCGGCAGCGUGACUCUUGCCAGCUCCACCAGCAGCUCCCCUUCAGCCAGUAGUUUUUCGGAUGGUGUUAAGGGCCCAGACGUUCGACUCAAGGAGAACAGCGUCGGUCCGGUCCAGGGAGCCGUGGCCGAGCACAGACCUCGCCACACCCCCUUCAUGGGCAUCAUGGAUAAGACGGCGAGGUUCCAGCAGCAGAGCGCUCAGUCCAGCCGCACCUGGCACUCUCAGGCACCAGAUGGAUUGGCCACAAACGCUGCUUCGGGGGCCCUUCAGCCCGCACAUUCCGAGCAGUUCUCAGCCAAGCACCACCAAACUAAGCUUUCCUCUGCUGGUGCUGCAGAGAGCAACCAGAACGGUGUGCGAGCGGCAGAACGCCAGGAGUUCAAGUGCCAAAUACCCACCCACUGUCAGGAGACCCGGGCACCGAAACAACCUUCGCACUUACACCCAGAUGCUGUAUCGAACCCGCAGUCUCACAGCAGUAAGGAAGCCCCCCUCAGUCAUGUCACAUCUGCAAAACCAAAGCGAUCGUUCAUUGAAUCAAAUGUAUAACUAUUAUUUUGUGUAUUUACAGGGUUGUAAGGCUUAGCUCGUAACACCCUAGGGUGCUGCUGCUGCACAAAGUACCGCUUGGCUGGUCGCUUGCCUCUUUGGGUCAGCGGUCCCUGUUGGCCAGUACGUAACGGGAUACAACCACUUCAGACUGUUCCUACCACCCCAGGACAGUGACAGCAACUGGAAUAGCAGAGUCAAUUGGGAGCUGCACUCCACCAAACUACGACCUCAAGCAGAGAAAUCCUUUCCACUACAUUUAACCAUUAAAUAAGACUUUUCUUUUAUGUAAGGCUUUAAUCUGGGCUUUUGGCUGUAUCACAUCUCACCACCUGCAUAAUAAUCGUGCCUCUAGAAUGCUUAAGUGCUUACUUCAAAACCAGUGUUAAGAGAGAUACCUGCUGCGUAAUACUCAGAUCUGUAUAUGUAUGCUUUUUUUUAAAAUCAAAGAUAGUAUUUUAUCACUUUUCUACUGGUAUCUAAUUUGGGUUGCAUGAUGUACAUUUAGGAAGCAUAAUUAAUUUGUGUAUGAGUAAGCUAUAAGUGGCCAUGGUUUGACAUGUAAAUAUAACUAUUUUUAGUAACUAGAAGAAAUCCAGUAAAAUAAACAGCGAUAUUUGCAUGUGUAUUGAAAGGCUUUGACCAUAUUGGUUAUUGCACUGAAGAACACACUAUUAUAGCAUAUUAACAAUAAUCGCACUUUAUAUAGUUUAUCUAAUCACCUCUGGGUGCUAUCUUAAAGUAAAAUGAUUUAUUGUUUAUUCAUGAGAAAGGUACAGCAAUGCAAUGUUUAGGAAGUGGUUUUACAGGAAACCUGAGAAAUCCAUGGAGUUGAAGAUGAAAGUUUGAGGAAAAGCGUACGUGUGGCUGCAUGACAGAGGGAAGUUGUGACAUUUUUCAGAGGAAAUAAGGUUUUAUACGGGCAAGAACGUUCUGAGCAUCAACAGAUGCAGUGACAUUCCUGUGAGCGCGGUUGGGUGGGAGCGGUCGCCUUCCCGUGGUGCUUGUGUCCGGUGUUCUCUGUACAUCCCAGGCUGUACCCAUUUUUACAAAUUCGGUUUGAGUUUGCAUCAUUAUGCUUUAGCUUAUUUAUUGUUUACCAUUUCUUUGAUAUUUUUAAAAGUCCUAUAUUAGUCUUGUCCUGUAGUUCUAUUUUUGCACAGCUACUGUAUUUUUUCCAUACAAAAUAAAGAUUAUUAAUAUACCUGUGGGAUGAGCUGCA